GUGAUGAUGGAUUUAAUCACAUUUGCUUCAAUCCUUCUAUUUGUAGCUCUCGUUGCAUGGCUCAUGAGAGUGUCCAACUACAAAGCUAAGAGGCUCCCUCCCGGCCCACCAAGAUGGCCCAUUGUUGGUAACCUUCUCCAGCUGAGCCAACUGCCUCACAGGGACCUAGCUUCAUUUUGUGAAAAAUAUGGGCCCUUAGUCUACCUCCGGCUAGGCAGCGUUGACGCCAUCACAACCAAUGAUCCGGACAUCAUACGUGAAAUACUUGUCCGGCAAGAUGACAUCUUCGCAUCCCGGCCACGGACACUCGCCGCCAUCCAUCUCGCCUACGGCUGUGGCGAUGUGGCCUUGGCUCCGCUAGGCCCACAUUGGAAGCGAAUGAGGAGGAUUUGCAUGGAGCAGCUACUAACAACAAAGAGGCUUGAGUCAUUUGCAACACACCGGGCCGAUGAGGCCCAACAUCUUGUUCAAGAUGUUUGGACCCGGGCCCAAACUGGAGGGGCUGUGAACUUGAGGGAGGUGUUGGGUACUUUUUCAAUGAACAAUGUUACUAGGAUGUUACUAGGGAAGCAGUUUUUUGGGGCCCGGUCAGCAGGCCCACAAGAAGCCAUGGAGUUCAUGCACAUAACCCAUGAGUUGUUUUGGCUUCUAGGCUUGAUUUAUUUAGGUGAUUAUCUUCCAUUUUGGAGGUGGGUGGACCCUUAUGGUUGUGAGAAGAAAAUGAGGGAGGUAGAGAAGAGAGUUGAUGAUUUUCACAUGAAGAUCAUUGAGGAACACAGAAAGAAGGAAUUUGGAGGAGAGGAAGAUGAUGGUGAGAUGGACUUUGUUGAUGUUUUGUUGUCUCUGCCAGGUGAAGAUGGAAAAGAUCACAUGGAUGAUGUAGAGAUCAAAGCCCUAAUUCAGGAUAUGAUAGCCGCGGCUACAGAUACUUCCGCUGUGACCAACGAAUGGGCAAUGGCAGAGGUAAUCAAGAAUCCACGCGUCCUUCGCAAGAUCCAAAAAGAGCUUGAUUCGGUGGUGGGACCCAGUCGAAUGGUCUCCGAAUCAGACCUGGUCCACCUUAAUUACCUACGCUGCGUCGUACGAGAAACCUUCCGCAUGCACCCGGCUGGACCCUUUCUCAUCCCACACGAAUCAACACGUGCCACGAAUGUCAACGGCUACCACAUCCCCGCCAAGACACGUGUCUUCAUCAACACUCACGGCCUCGGCCGGAACACCGCGAUAUGGGACGACAUCGACGAGUUCCGGCCGGAGAGGCACUUGCCGGCUGACGGGAGCCGAGUCGAGAUAAGCCACGGAGCCGACUUCAAGAUAGUACCAUUUAGUGCGGGUAAGAGGAAGUGUCCCGGCGCGCCACUGGGAGUGGUGCUUGUGCUGAUGGCUUUGGCUCGGCUCUUUCAUAGCUUUGACUGGACCCCACCUGAUGGGUUAAGACCUGAAGAUAUAGAUAUAAGUGAGGUUUAUGGUAUGACAAUGCCGAAGGCUAAACCCUUGAUGGCCAUAGCUAAGCCACGAUUGCCUACCCAAAUGUACCAAUGACAAAAUAUACCUUGUGCACAAUGCUAUUUCCUAAUGUUGAAGAUUCUUAGUAAACAAAUAGAUUGUAGUACAAUUCUGCACAAGCUGAAUAAUACAUUUUUCAAUUGGCAUUACCUCUAUCAAGAAGGUUCUUCAGCAGUAAUAGUAGUAAUGAGCUUGCAAGCGCUAUUGCAGAGUUCAAUGAGGGAAAACAGGGGUCAAGAUGGAAGCAAUGACAGCA